GGAAGACGACAUAUCGGUGUCGACCGGCGACCAGCUAGUGCCGACAUCUGCCGCGCCGCCGCCGCGACCGGCGUCCACGCGCCCGCCGGAAUACGCCGCCGGAAUGGAGGAGCCGCCGGUUAUUGUUGCUGAAGAGCAUCAAAUGAAGCCCCUGCUAGUGCGACCGCAUACCAUCGUGCUCAAAUACCACAGGAAAGUCCCGCCGUUCGACCAAACCAUCGCCGGCAAGCUGGGCGCUGCGUACCUAGCAGACAUGUCGGUGUGCCGAGCGAGACAUUCGCGCGUCGGGUUCGGGCCAAAAGCGACGCUAGCUUACGUCACGAGUUACGACUCGAUCAACGGGCUGCCUAAAACCGCAGAGCUAUGCGACCUCAACAAAUACUUGCGCGGGCGGCUCAGUUCAGACUGGAGCGAGAUCGCCUUGGCGCGGCUGGAGACGCAAGGCGACUCCGCUAAAUAUCUGCAGGAAGCGCUCUCCCGCCACAUGGAGACCCUUCGGGAAUACUCGGAACUCCUGCCCUGUGAGGAGGGCCAGUGUCCUCAGCUGCAAGUCAAGAAGGAACCUAAGGAUCGAAGGGAGUUACUGAACAAACACUUGAGGGACGCGCGGCAGCUUAACAAGGGUGGCGGCGGGGGCCAGUGCCCUCAGCUGCAAGUCAAGAAGGAGCCUAAAGACCGAAGGGAGUUACUGAACAAACACUUGAGGGACGCGCGGCAGCUUAACAAGAGUGGCGGCGGGGGCCAGUGCCCUCAGCUACAAGUCAAGAAGGAGCCCAAAGACCGAAGGGAGUUACUGAACAAACACUUGAGGGACGCGCGGCAGCUUAACAAGAGUGGCGGCGGGCUGUCUACGAAGUGUAUGACUAUUGGUUGUGUACUGCCCUGUGAGGAGGGCCAGUGCCCUCAGCUACAAGUUAAGAAGGAACCCAAAGACCGAAGGGAGUUACUGAACAAACACUUGAGGGACGCGCGACAGCUUAACAAGAGUGGCGGCGGGUUCGGCGUGAGCAGAGCCUAUUGCUACGAAGUGUGGAAGCUGUGCGACGCGCUAUGGGGCGCGGACCUUGACAAUGACGGCGUCCCAGGCACAGACGUGGCGUCUGUGGUGAACCGCUACCAUAAACUACUGGAGUGGUUGCGGGAAGCAGUCGCGGAGACCACAGACAACGAGCUCAGCAAGCCUAGCAAAGGAGAAACUGAGGAUGAAGAGGACGGCCAUAGUUCCCGUGUUUGGUCGCUGCUGCUAGGUGGAAGAGUAUUAGAAGCCUGCAAGCUUUGCCGCGAGCGCGGGGACCUUAACAUGGCCGUGCUUAUAGCGCAGGCUGCCGGUUCCCCAACAUUCCGUUCGCUAUUAUCGCGUCAACUUUCCCAAUGGCGCGCGUGCGGCGCCGACGCCAAGAUCGCCAAGAAUCGCUUUGCGGCGUUACGACUGCUCGCUGGGGAAAGAGCGCAGUUGGAAGACGCGGACUGGCUGAGAGCCUUACACGCCACUGCUAGAUACAUCUGCCCGCAAGUGCCGACCCUAGAGCGAAUAGUCCGCAAAUACGAAGGUUUCUUCUCAAACAGCACAGAAGAAGAAGAAGAAAUAGACCUCAGUCUUGUAGAAGUGGACGAAAUGAGCAUGAAGUUACCCCUGCCGCCUUAUAUGAGCCAGUGCGAGAUGAGAGAGAAUGACAGCCUGCUCCGCGUAUUGGACCUGCGCUACGAGUUGAUCCGCGCGCGCGCGACUAACGGCCGCCCGCGACUCCGUCCGGCCAGCUACUCGCCUGACCCGCUCGAUUACAGUCUAUGUUUCCUGCUCGGCACGUGGUUUGGGCACCCAACCAUAGACAGCAUUACGGGCGUAGCGGACCAAUUGGAAGCGUGUGGACUCUGGCAUCUGGCGGUGCAGGCUUUGGCGUUCCAUCCAGAUGCUAUAGCCCGAGGCCACCUCAUCAGAGGCGUGUUGUCCCGCUAUGCGCCGGCCAAAGCGGACACCCCAGAACUAACCAGCCGAUUAGAGCUGAUAGCCAAGCUCAGAGUGCCCGCGGAAUGGGUGCUACUGGCUAGGGCACACCGAGCUAAGUACGAGCACUUGCCGGCGAUCGAAGCGGAGCACUUGUUAGGCGCGCGUCAGUACAACGCGGCGCACCGCGUCUUGUUGGAGGAGCUCCAGACGCAAGCCGUGCUUGGAGACGACCUGAAGAGCAUAGCACCUCUCCUAGAACAACUGAACGAAGCGGCACAGAAACAACUUGUCAGCGGCUGGGAGUGUGGCGGACAGGCGCUGUAUCACUACCUACAUGUUGUGGGCGAGGUCAGUCACUCGCGACUAGAAGCGCUGAGACCGCGAGUCUCCGCCGCUUGUCGUUCGCUGAGACAGCUACAGCCUACAACUCCGCGACACUGCGCAGCGCGAGCAGAGAUGGGUGCGCGACUAGUCCAACUGGCUUUAGCGGCCGGCGAGCCUCCGCACCACUUGGCUGCCUUACUGAAAGCCCUAAGACUGCCUGCGGAUUGUACAGCGCACGCGCAUUAUAAGAUCACCACAGACCUAGCGGAGCAAGCGUCGGAAUCGUGCGUAGAGUCGGCAACCAGCUCGCCGCUCUCCUCGCACCACCGCGCCGCUAUACAGAGCUAGAGCGAGACAGGUAUAUGGGCUACGUGUUGUCUAAGUUACGUUUAGUUUAUGCUAAUUGUAAGGGCUUGAUUCUGUAUAGUCACGUGUAAAAGUAUGUGUACUGUAUACUUACAUUCUCAUUGGAAUCUUAUGACAAAACGCAGACUAUCGUUACGGCUUAGAGUGAAAAGGUGAAAACCUCUUAAAUAAAUAAAAUUAUUUUAUUGUUCAUUUAAGUGUCAAAAAGAGUUUUUUCAGGAGGAAGAUAAAACUGCGUGCUGUAAAAUUUUUGUACAGCGUCUUUUAUGUUUUUUGUUAAUUUACAUGUAAAUUUGAAAAAAAGAAAGAAAGAAAAAACAUUUAUUUGGUACCAAAAAAUAAAACAAUAAGUACCUACCUACAAUUUAACCCGGUUUAAUAUCCUAAAAAAACUCUAAGAUUGUCCGAAAUGCAUAAAUAUGAGAAAAAACGCAUUUACGAGGUUUUCACACUAAGACGACGAUUAGCCGACAGUUUGGUCGGGCUGUUAAUCAGUAUGGGCAUGUAUGGAAGUGCGCACAUUACACCGACUUGGUACCGGCCGAUUCUUCAUACAAAUUAGAAGCCGAACAAACUCUUUAAAAGUCUAUAGUCUGCAGGAAAUCUAAACAGUAACACACUUAAUUUUUAGUUUUGUGUCUCUUUCUUUUCACAUAAAUUAAAGUGAGACAGUGAUGGCAACUCUGUUCCUGCUAAACUCUUCGUACCUUGUUUUUUUUAUGCAAGACAAGACAGGUAUUCAGGCAAUCGCACCUGGUGUUAAGUGAGAUGCAGUCUAGGAUGG